AUGGAGGGCCUCUCCAAGCAUGCCAGCUCCCACUCUCUCUUGAGGUGGAAGGUGCUCCCCAAACUACACGUUUUCAAGCACUUGAAUGAGGACAUGUUGGCCACCCUCAUAUCGGCAAGGUCAUAUCAUGCCUUUGUAGACGAGGAUUGUGUGCUCCAGUGGAAAAAGCUGGUCCUGAAUAUGUCCUCAAACGCGUUAGAGGAGAAGAUGCUGUUGCGUUACCUCUUGAGACUCGGA